UUGGGUCCACAUGCUCGGCGCUGUGGUCUCGCUCUCCCAGACGGUCAAGACACUUGGACUCGCACAUUUCCACUCAGAUAUCCGGACUGUACGGUACCUGGAAGAAGAUGCCUCCAGCGCGCGGUACCGGCGUGCUCUUGAGCAGUAGUGUGGACGACUUGUGAAGUCACCAUGCCUCCCUUCUACACUCGCUUCCUGCUGCUGCUUCUGUGUCUGCUGGUCAUCGGGGACUGUCGGAAGCACCGGAGCCGAAAGAAACGGUGGUCCGCGCCGGCGACGGAGGCGCACAAGCCCGGCACUCCACUGGCUAAAAAACCUCUGGAUGGAACCAAGUCUCGGAAGCUAAAGACCAGUCACCUGCUGCGCAUAGAUGAGCAUGAUUUCACCAUGAGACCCGCCUUCGCUGGUCCUGCUGUGCCAGUGGGAGUGGACGUCCAGGUGGAGAGCUUGGACAGCAUCUCGGAGGUCGACAUGGAUUUCACCAUGACCCUGUAUCUCCGUCACUACUGGAAGGACGAGCGGCUGGCCUUCCCCAGCUCCACCAACAAGAGCAUGACCUUCGACGGGCGCCUGGUCAAAAAGAUCUGGGUCCCUGAUGUGUUUUUCGUUCACUCCAAGAGGUCUUUUAUUCAUGACACCACCACGGACAACAUAAUGCUGAGGGUCUAUCCUGACGGUCACGUCCUCUACAGCCUGAGGGUUACAGUCACUGCAGCCUGCAACAUGGACUUCAGUCGAUUUCCCCUGGACUCGCAGACGUGCACUUUAGAGCUGGAGAGCUACGCGUACACGGACGAAGACUUGAUGCUCUACUGGAAAAGUGGUGACGAGUCUCUGAGCACCGACGACAGAAUUUCUCUGUCUCAGUUCCUCAUUCAGAAGUUCCACACCAGCUCUCGCUUGGCUUUCUACAGCAGCACAGGCUGGUACAACCGUCUCUACAUCAACUUCACGCUGCGCCGCCACAUCUUCUUCUUCCUGCUGCAGACCUACUUCCCCGCCACGCUGAUGGUCAUGCUUUCCUGGGUGUCCUUCUGGAUCGACCGCAGGGCCGUCCCUGCCCGAGUCUCCCUCGGAAUAACCACCGUGCUGACCAUGUCCACCAUCAUCACAGGUGUCAACGCCUCUAUGCCCAGAGUGUCGUACAUCAAAGCUGUGGACAUCUACCUCUGGGUCAGUUUUGUCUUCGUCUUCCUGUCUGUCCUUGAAUAUGCUGCUGUCAACUACCUGACCACGCUGAGGGAUGGAAAGGACCGAAAGCUGCGGGAAACAGCCAGAGAACAGUCGCAGUCUCAGACACUGGCCUGCAGCUGCGGCAUGUCUCACACCCGCACCAUGAUGCUCGACGGUACCUACAGCGAAGCCGACGUCAACAGCCUGGCGGGCUACACCCAUGCGUCCAUGGCGGCCGAGGACAGCUCUGAGAAGCAGGAGCGGAUGGUCGUGCACCUCUCCAUCGACAACGAGUCGACGGGGACCAAGAAGAAAAGCAACCGCAGCUUCCGAAUCAUCCAGAACACACACACCAUCGACACAUACUCGCGCAUGAUCUUCCCUGGCUCCUACAUCCUAUUUAAUCUCAUCUACUGGUGUGUUUACUGCUGAGCCAGCAUCUCUCUGCUGUCAUAAGAACUCAGGUGGAGCUGUACUGGAAAAACCGCCUAGUUUUGAUCAUUUAGGACUGGUUUACUCCGGGACCACCUGACUGCAUAGCUCCAUCACAUCACUUAAGCAACAGUAUGAUCCCUCCCAUGUGUCCCACUGAUGCCUACAGUAAGGGUGAAAACGGUGUCCCAGUCUGUCUGCUCAAAGAGCAUCUGCGGAUGUUGGAUCACUGUGGAGGGAGCAGGUCAUAGUUUUGUCUGGCGCUGCUUUUUGGUUGGAAUUCAUUUUUCCAAUGAGUCGCGAAGAAUUGCUUGUAAUGCCCCAUCAGUCAGAAAAUCCUGGGUCCAACUGGGAGCAGUCUGACUUCACACACCAACAUGGCUACUCGACAUUUAAAAUAUAAAUAAAGUGCGGUGUUUUUACUGUUUUUAGCACGAAGAUGUCUUACUUCUUUCUAAGGAAAACUGGGUGAUCUCUAUGUGUGUGACCCUUUUGCCGGACCCCAAAAGCUCUAGCCGUCCUGGCUAAGGUCAGCCAUUUGUUUUGGGUGGUUAAGUUAAGGCUGAGAGGCUAAGGAAAGCAUUAUGACAAUGUGCGGACCUCACAAAGAUAGUGCAACCAACCUGUGCAUGUGUAGAUGAACCUUGAUGCUAAUGCUAACGAAUUAGCUCUUGCUAAACACCAGUGUGGUCAUCAUCUUCGCAAAAAGAGACACAGGAUUUGUUUACCUACCAGAGUCAACACACGGUGGCAGAGAAAAAUACAGGUCAGUUAUGCAGAGGAACAGUAGUUUGCAAAGAAUUCAAUGUCAAUAUGUGUAAUACACAGUGGAUGCUAAUCUUAGCAUUUAGCAUCUGGGCUUUGCUUGGUAUGAAACACAUGCCAAAAUUCCUUAUAUGAAACUAAAAUUCAAAAAUCAUGUCGGGUGUUACUCUGUAUCAAUCAGCCUAAGAAGUAUUACCAUGUGUUUUUCUAAAAUCUGACAGCAUGGAAUGUGAUUUUUUUCUCUUCGUUCACGGCCUUGGGCUUCUGACAGUCCUUCACAUGGUUCUAAUGCUCCAUUAGAGUUUUAAUGGAGUUCAAGCAAACCUUUUGAAGCUGACGCUGUUUCAAGGUGGUUGAUCAGAAGCUGAAACAACAACAAUUCAUAAAUAAACUACAAAGUUGUGGGUUCACAUGUCUUUAAACCAUAGUAGAGGCAGAGAAGAGAAAUUCUGAGAGACACUCUGAGCAGCACAAUCUUCUGCAAAUAUUUCACUAUGGAAAUGAUGGUAAAGAAAGAAGUGUGCUCUUUGACAUGAGGGGCUUUGAUCCUGGGAAUGGAUUGGCACUCUAGCCUGUUUUAUAUUUUCUUACAAACUCCUUCUGUGGUGCUGUCAAUAGAAAAAAAAGAAAAAAAAUGCAUAUAACACUUCUAUAUGGAUGUUGGAGAUGAAGCUGGAAUGGGCUACAGAAGAAUCCGACAAACCUUUAGUGUCCUCCAGUAGACUAUAGUGAUGGGCUGAUGAGGCUUCAAGGAACAGUGCCCUCAUUUUCAGCGCUCAAUAAGUGGCGCUCUCAGUUUAAAAAUUGUGUGAGUUGGUUGGUUGUUGAUAUUCAUGGAGCUUGAAAAUCACCAGUACCUUUUCGUUUCUAUUUCCCCUCUGAAUCACCUGUGUUCUCUGUUGUCAACGAUCUUUCAGUCCUCAGAAUUUCAAGAUGUAGAUGGUUUAAGAUGGAAUCAAAAAAGUAAACCCUUAGAUUAAAACCUAAGCCUGAGAUCUCGCCUCGAUUGACCCUGCAGUUUAUCCAUCCAUCCAUGUGAUCAGGUCCCUCUCAGCUUCAGCCUGAGGUUUGGCAAAAUUCUCAUUGAUUGUUUUGCGCUUCAUUUAAGUCUAAACAUUUCAGCAGUAUUGAUUCCGCCUUCUAAUCGCGCUCAGCAUCACCUCGACUAUUCCGGAUUGUCCUCGCGGCAAAUGACGACCUGCAUUUAUUGAUAAUUGUGUCAGCGGGAGAAAGAAAGAGCUUAAUAUUAUUUUCCAAAGAGUCAAAAAAGAUUGAGCCGCUCUCCAUCUUUCAUUGGUGAAGAUUUUACUUUACUGCGUUUCUUCUUGUGUUAUUCUGUUGGGCCCCGCAGGUGGUAUCAGAAACCGUGUUUACAAUAAUAUGUGAGGUGCAAACACUAGUAACUUAGUAAUUCCGCAGUAAUAACUCCCAGCAGAGGAUAAUUCCACUGUUUACUCCUUUUACGGCGGUGUUCCUCCUGCUCCUCCAGUGCUCAAUUGCAUCGAAGGAUUUCAUUUGUCAGCUAGUUGGAGUUAGUAAAAUCCUGCUCUGUCAAGUUAAUCGAACUCUUCCAAGAAAAAUGCCUCUGGGAUUUCAGGCCAAUCGUGGCGAAGCAAAUUCAUCGCAUUUAAGGUGAACUAGUGAAGGACAAGAAGGAAGGAUCUGGGCACAUUCUUCUGCGUUGGCUACGUCACACUGCAGGUGCUUAAAUUUAACUUUCUACAGCUGAAAACAGUGACGGACGCUCUGUGUUUUGAAGAGCAGAGGGCCUGACUUUAUUUGUGUUUAAGCUUUGUGCUAUUCGUAUUACUGUUGUGCUAACAUCUUGCCCCCCACUCACACGAAUCAUCCAUCAGCAGGAUGCUUUCUCUCUGAAAAUGUACUUCAGAUUGGGGACCGGUCUACGGUGUCCUCUGCCCCUUUGUCUGGCUUGAAGGACUUAUAUGAGGCUUCAUGAAACAGUGUCUUCAUUUUCAGUUUUCAUUGAAAUGGUUGUUCAAAUCCACAGGUUUUUUUUUUUGCGCAGAGCUGAAAAUGAGGAAACCAUUUCAUAAAGCCCCAUCAACAAAUCACUACUUUUUAAAGUUAUCUGCAGUGUUGGUGAUGUUUAGAAUACCACCUUCACAUAUACGACCCCACGACAUUCCGAGUGAUGACACUAGUACAAUGGUGUCAGUCACACUCCGCGAAUGUGCAGACAGACUCUAAUGACACUGUCCAUGUCGACUGCAUUCAUGUUUAUUCAAGCUGUUCUCAUUCAAAUUCAAAUGGCGACUAUUUUCAAGUACACUUUUGCAUUCUGCGUUGAAAACAAAAGUGUACUACCACGUUCCACGUUGCCUUUAUGAACCCUGCCGGUGAGGUCAGCACAUGUGACUGUCCAUACCAAGUGACAGCUAGUGAUAUGAGCGACACCCCAUGGCUAACCCUUGCUCCAACCUCAGUCAUUCUUUACCCACCCACGGCAAAGGCGGACCAUGUGCCUUAAUGGAACGUGGAGGGGCAACUGUUUAGUCUCCCUGAACAUUGGAGAUGUUUGUUUUGGUUGUGAGAAAGAAGCACCCCUGCCUCUGAGGUUUGUUUUUCAAGACUGACGUUCAACAACUCAUGCUCAAGGAGGAGCUUUCCCAAAUAUUCAUCCCGGAGCUGAAGGAUGGAAACACGCCAUCUUUACUUAUUUGUCAUUCAAUGACCAUCAAUGUUGCAGGUUAUCUCCAAUGACUGCUCUUGUUUCGCAUAAAAACACCACCCACUACCUGCAUCACUGGUAAGUAGUUAUCACAGUAACAAAUAAAUUAUUGUAGUACUGGAAUUAUAUCGCUAUAGUUUUAAUGUCUCCAUCGACACGCUGCGCUUUAAAAUACGGUCAUAAAGAAUUCUUAGCAGAAGCACCAAUUACCAAUGCAAAUCACAAAGCACAUUGAGAAGGCUGCUGCGGACAGAAUCUUAAGCGCCUGCACCUUUAAAUUCUUUGCUCAAAAAGGGAAACAAAUUGUGGAAGGGGAGGCACUGGGCAGAGGUGGAGCUUUACCCAGGAGAUGAACCCAGUGUGAAAAGUGAACAUGCCAGAGGAAGUAUCAAGACUGAAAAGGCAUUACAUUACAGAUGCCCUAUAUCGCAGGACAUUUCCUCUUUUUUGGAGCAAAAAAGCUGAGAAAUUGAUAGUCCUUACUCUACUGUUCUCUGGAUAUGCUCAUAUACUUCUAUUCUGCCCUAUUCAUUUAUUGUUAAUGUAUGAAUGAGUGUAAGAGGAAAGAGGAGAAAGAGAUUGCUAUCAGUGUUAGAGUUGAACAUUUUGAAUUUCCAAUUCCCUGUUAACUUUUAGCGCCUCUGAAAGUGUGAAAGUGUAAGAAUGAUUUUGACACAUUUUGAAAUAUUGAUAGGUGAAGUUGCGUACCUCACUGUCACCUAAUGUCCAAAGGUCAAAGCCAUGUGUGGUUUCCCCUGCAGACUUCUGUUGAGUCUGGUGAAGCCGCGAUGCAGUGCUGCUUUCCUAACCACUCAGGCUGAUCGGGAGAGGAUAAGCUUUUGCUCUCCAGAAAGGUUUUAAUAUACAGUAAUCCCUCCGGGACUUGUUACAUCAUAGAUUUCACUCGCUAGAGUAUGUAAAAUUAUAUCGCAGAUCUUUCAUUAUAGUGGGUGCAGACUAUUUCAUGCAUGGCCAAUUGAUGGGCUGUGACAGGCAGAGCAGGCUGCUCAGUUCAUCCUGCCUUGCUCAGUGGCAUGUGGCAUUGCUGCACUUAGUGUUUUGUUGUGAUGGGAUGAAGAGGCUUCAACAGUUUACCCAUUCUCAGAACCCAUUAGAUGGCGCUACGUGGUCUAAAAACUUUGAAUUUGAACAACUAUUUCAAUGAAACCUCAUAUCAUUUAUGAACCAACAGCGCCUCCUACUGAGCUCUGAAAAUGAAGACACUGUUUCAUGAAGCUUUAUCAGCAUAUCACUGUUUUUUUGUUUUUUGCGUUGUGUGUAAAAUUGCGAAAAGCCUGUCAAAUGUUUUGCGUCCAUUUAGGUGUCUCUCACAGGCGGGGAAAGACGCGGACAAAGACAAAGACUACAAAAAUGGCGACUAAUUUCGUAACAACUUCCAGAUUGAAUAUGCCGUUUCAAACCAAUUGAAAACAUAAAGCAUGUAGUUGAAAUAGGGAUGGGCUGAUGAGGCGUCAAGAAACAGUUUACCCACCCUCAAUGCCCACUAGAUGGCGCUAUCCAAUCUAAAAUCGGUGGAUUUGAACAACCAUUUAAAUGAAAGCACACACCAUUUACAAACCAAGAGCGCCCCCUACAUAGCUCUGAAAAUGAGGACACUGUGUCAUGAAGCCUCAUAAGCACAGCCCUGCUUUUAAGUAAACAAA